GGCUGUUCAUCAUCCAUUUUGCUUUUCUACCACUUACCACCGCUCCGUUCAUUCGUUUACUCCCGUCCUUUCCUUUGACAAUGCCAUCUUUCAUGACGUUCUCUCUCUUUUUCUCGUGUUUUCUUGGUAUUUUCUCAGCUGCUGGAGUCGGUGCAGAGACACAUACAAUAAAGUUUAUCAACCAAUGUGGUCACGGAACCCCAUGCUUGGUUGUGAAUGCCCAAAACGUAUCUACUGGGCAGGACUACGUCGCCAAUGGCAUCUUUUCCGGAAUCGCAUACUUACAGACUGGCCAGUGUAACACUAAUGGCGAGGGUUGCAGCUUGUUGGAGAUGAAUUUGGCCAACCCGUCCUGUCCUGGGUGUGGUUCCAGCGUUGAUAUCUCGCUUAUAGAUCCCCAUGUCUUCAACGUGGAGUCGUCUUUUGCGUAUUACAACGGAUGUGACGGAUUUGGAGCUGAUUGCAACAGCGCCAACUGUGCCUCGGCCUUCUUUGCCCCAGAAGACUGGUAUGCCCAACGUCAAUGUGAAGCUAACAAUGUGAACCUCCUCAUUGCAUUUUGUGCGAACGCAUCCGAGAUUGUAUCAGGCGGAAGUGUUUCUUCUCCAUCCUCUUCGAGCUCCACCACCCUGAGCACAUCUUUGCCAUCGACAUCGACAACCCCUACGAGCACCACAGUAUCACAGAACAACCCACCCACCACCGCCACCACCACCACCACCAACGUUGGCGGCGGCACAUCAUCCACUACUGGUACUACCAGUAACCCAUCAUCCACCCCGAAAAAAUGCCAGACGCGGCCAAACAGCUCCAGCACUCUGGCAAAGCGCGAGCCCACCGGACUCAUGGCUAGGGUGCACCGCCAGCGUCGGUCUUAUUGAGGAUGCGUUCUGCACAUUCUUGAUUUUUAACAGUUAUUGAUUAACUGCUGGAGAGAUUGCUAUUUUUGCUAUGUGGUUUUUUCAGAACGCCUUGACAUAGUCUGAUGUGUUGUUAUUCUCUACCCUAUGUUCACGCAUGCGUGAAGUCCAUCGAUCGGGUGGACGCCCAGGUGGCGUUUUUGAUGUUUGAUUUAUCCUCGAUCAUGUAUGUAGCCGGACUUAACUUCCCCGGUGCCACCAUAGAUGUAUUGUCUCCCUCUUGUUUUCUUGCUGACCUGGCGCAAGGCCGUCCUAGUGUUACAUGAUGUCUUUUAUUGCAAUCUUAUGAUACGGUGUAUCGACAUGUG